AUGAAAAACAUAUUUCUUGUCACUGUCGUCGGGGCAAUGGUUGCGUUUGCAUGCGUUACUUACGCGUGCAACGAGGCUGUGUGCGCAUCUAUUGUCUCUAAGUGCAUGAUCCUACAGUCGUGUAAGUGCGACAUGGUAAACUGUUCGUGCUGCAAAGAAUGUUUCAGUUGCCUCAGCAAUCUGUACAGUGAAUGCUGCUCAUGCGUGGACAUGUGUCCAGAACCAAACGUUACUGUUGAUGAAUUGAGUAAAAAAAGUCAAGUUGAAGAUCUGCCAGAACCCAUAGUAACUUUGUUUACUGCUCUUGCUUCGGAACCAGAUCCACAACAACGAUUUGAAUCUCUAACAUACCCCAUCGAUUUAGACAUUAAGAUGUUCAAACCAGAUUUUCAGAAAGACUUCAUGUCGCUGCAAAACAACUCAGCCGAAGAUGUAUCUUCUAUAGUAACAGUGAAUUGUUCUGUUGUAUUCAUGAAUAAAUGUUCAACUUGGAUUAAAUGUAAGGCAGAUUGUAUAACAAUGGGUGCUAAAAGCUACCGCUGGUUCCAUGAUGGAUGUUGUGAAUGUGUUAAUGAACGGUGUUUGAAUUAUGGAUUAAACCAGAGCCGGUGUAAGUAUUGCCCAUUAAAAGAAGCUGUUAUGCCAGCAACAAGUAAUCUUGAUUAUGGUGAUGAUGAAGAUGACGAUGAAGAAGUGAUACAAUAA